CGUCGUUUUAUUAGUUUCUCUGAUUUAAGAACUUGAGAAUUUGGUUCCUACAGUCUACAAUUUGAAUUUCUUGACUGUGAAUGAACCCUUUUGUAGAUGCUUCUCGGGGACCCUUUAAUCGUAAUUGUCAUCUCUGUAGGUUCUCCAUUUUGUUUCUUGGAAUUCUGCUUCUUUUUAUUUUUUUCUUAGCUUUAGGGGGUUGAAGUAAAAGACGAAGGAAGUUGAAAGAUUGUUUUUUUUUUUUUUUUUUUUUUAAAAAAAAAAAAAUGUUCUGCAAACAGUUCUCUAACUUUUAUAGUGUUGUUUUCAAUAUAUCAGUUAUAAAAAUUUUGUUUGAUUGGCUGCAGACUAGCAUGCUAUGCAGUUUUGUUUUCAUAUUCGGUUUCAAUCAUCCAACACUUGUGCUUGAUUGAGUUCUUGCCUUUUUUCAGUGAAUGUAUGUUUAAAUUCUCCAGGAAAGUAGUCGAAGUGAUCGGAUUUUGUUCUCCCCUCUUUAUCAGCGGUGCAUUAUAUUCAAACGUGGGCAAUGGGUUUUAUAGCCCACUGGACUCUAUGGACAGUCAGUGGCUAGUUUGCAAUAGCUGUAUAGAAUGUAGUUGAAAGUUUGUUCUGUAAUUGAAACGAAAGAGAGAAAGACAAAUUGGGUACCCAAGAAAGGUCUCGCUUACGAAGAUAUUCCCAUGUCUUUAAUCUUUUGACGGCUGCAUAAGCAUAAGAAUAAAUGAUAUUAGGAACUAAGUUAAGUAAAAACCAUUCUAGCUUUCCUUAAUCAACAAACAAAGCAUCACUCUCUCUCAGAGGCUAGUUUGCAAUUGCUGUAUAGAAUGUAGUUAGAAGUGUAUUCAGUAAUUGAAACGAAAGAGAGAAGGACAAAUUGGGAAGACAAGAAUGGUGUGAGAGCCCCAAUGUCUCUCGCUUAGGAAGAUAUUCCCUUGUCUUUAAUCUUUUGAAGGAUCCAUAAGCAUAUAAAUGAUAUUAGGAACUAAGUUAAGUACAAAGCAUUUUAAGCUUUCCUCAAUCAAUAAGCAAAGCACCAUUCUUUCUUUCUCUCUCUCUCUCUCUUUGCACUAGGAGUGUGAGUAUAUAAAAUACAUAUUGGGAAAGAAAUGACUUGGUAGCUUGAAACCAUAACCCUCUUUCUCUUUCUGUAUCUCCGUUUGUUUGCGAGGAUCUAUCCGUGAAGCCAAAAGUGAAUAAAUCGCCAUGGACGAGGAGUAUGAUGUGAUAGUGUUGGGUACGGGUCUCAAGGAAUGCAUCCUCAGUGGUCUUCUCUCCGUUAAUGGCCUCAAGGUCCUUCACAUGGAUAAGAAUAACUAUUAUGGAGGCGAAUCGGCAUCACUUAAUCUUGUUCAGCUCUGGAAGAAGUUCAGGGGAAAUGAUAAGCCUCCCGCACAUUUGGGCUCUAGUAGGGAUUAUAAUGUGGGCAUGAUCCCUAAGUUUAUGAUGGCAAAUGGCACUCUUGUUCGUGUCCUCAUCCAUACAGAUGUCAGUAAGUAUUUGUACUUCAAAGCUGUUGAUGGAAGCUAUGUCUACAAUAAAGGAAAGAUUCACAAGGUUCCAGCAACAGACAUGGAGGCACGCAAAUCUUCACUGAUGGGCAUAUUUCAAAAGCUCCGUGCUCUCAAGUUUUUGACUUAUGCUCAAAAUUAUAAUGCAAAUGAUCCCAAAACACAUGAGGGGAUGGACUUGACUAGAGUAACAACUAGAAAUCUAAUUGCAAAAUAUCGUCUGGAUGACAACACUGUGGAAUUUAUUGGUCAUGCAUUGGCGCUUCAUAGAGAUGAUCUCUACCUCAAUGAACCUGCACUAGAUACCGUGAAGAGAAUGAGGCUUUAUGGGGAGUCUUAUGCACGUUUUCAAGGAGGAUCCCCAUACAUAUAUCCUUUGUAUGGAUUGGGAGAGCUCCCCGAGGCAUUUGCACGGCUUAGUGCCGUCUAUGGUGGGACAUAUAUGUUGAACAAACCUGAGUGUAAGGUGAAGUUCAAUGAGGAAGGCAGAGUUGUUGGUGUCGUGUCAGAAGGGGAAACUGCUAGGUGCAAAAAGGUUGUCUGUGAUCCUUCAUACGUGCCCAACAAGGUUAGGAAGGUUGGUAGGGUUGCAAGGGCAAUUGCCAUAAUGAGCCACCCAAUCCCAAACACCAAUGAUUCUCAUUCAGUGCAGGUUAUCCUGCCACAGAAGCAGUUGGGACGCAAAUCAGACAUGUACCUUUUCUGUUGCUCCUAUGCUCACAACGUUUCUCCGAAGGGAAAAUUUAUUGCAUUUGUAUCAACUGAGGCGGAGACUGACCAUCCUCAGACCGAACUUAAGCCAGGAAUCAACCUUCUAGGGCCCGUUGAUGAGAUAUUCUUUGAUAUCUAUGACAGAUAUGAACCAUUCAAUGAACCGACCUUGGACAAUUGCUUCAUAUCAAAAAGUUAUGAUGCAACAACACACUUUGAGUCAACUAUCAUGGAUGUACUCAACAUGUAUACCAUGAUAACUGGAAAGGUUCUUGACCUCAGUGUGGAUUUAAGUGCUGUCAGUGCUGCAGAAGAAUGAGGAUUGAGGGAAACAACUUUGGGUGCUUGAGCUGAUAUUUCUGCUUUGUUUUAAGUUCCAAGAGUGGCAGUGGACUUGUUAUUGUUUUCUAUUUCUGUCAGACUAUAUGUCAUAUGUGAUAAAAUGUUGUCUCCCAAAGAAUGUUUGGGGAAUUAAUAAAAUAAAUAAAUUAUAGGGAAAAUUACUUAUUUA